AUGACUUCCGUUUCCGGUUCCCUCGCGGGGCUCCCGCUGGAGCAGCUUGCGCUCUACCACGCCGUCGACCCGUAUCUAUCCUCAGUCUUCAUCUUCCAUGGACCUGUCACCACCGCCAAUUCGACGCUGAGCAGCUCGCGCAUCCAGGCACACAUCAUCACCCCCGGAGGUGUACACAGCUAUCCCCGAAUUACAAUAUCCCCCGCCGCCCCGCUUUACGCCGCAGUCAACCACCUACCCCGCGAGAAACAAGGAGAUGAGGUAUAUCGCGGCCUAGCCGUUUGUCUAUACAAAUAUUUUUGCGAGUUGCCGGAACUGGUGAAGGAUGCGCUGACCGCUUUGGCCCGCGCGGGGAAACAAGGCGCGCGGCUACCAAAAUUGUUUGACGAGGUGCACGCAGCGGAUUUGGCAAAUAAGAUGACAAAGGUGGAGGGCUCUGCACUUGUUGUGUCGGACUUGAGGGAUGCGUUUGGGGAUCGGAUCGUUCCGUGCAUUGACAUCGAUUUUGUUCUGCCGCCGGGUACUGUCGAUACGGACGCCCGCUCCUCGCGGGAUCUAGGCUCGGAUGCAGAGGUGGGCCAGAAAUUUUGCGACCGGUUUGGGAAAUAUGCGCCUUUGAUUGAGGCAUUGGGGGACCCGAUCUUUUUACCAACGUCGAAGUUAAAACGUGCGCCGUCGCAGUCCACGAAUAUGAGUAAAUCAAGGACCUUUACGUCGUCGCAGAAGGAGAAUUUGCGCCUUUCCAUGUGCGAAGUUGUGGAUACAGAAGAGAGAUUUGUUGGGAAGAUGUACGACUUGGUUCAUAAUAUUGCACAUGAAUUCCGGCAGAAAGCCCGGGACAAAGCCGCCUCUAGCAACAGUCCAGAUGAGACGGAGUUAAUGAAGCUCUUCCCAACUUGUCUCAACGAGAUCCUUGAUGUCAACCUUGGGUUCUUGAAUGCUAUUCGCCAAAUACUCGAAGACACGGAGAAGGAUGCUCUUGGAGACAUAACGAAGGACACCGUGCUUGACUCUGCAGCCUUGGCCAGGGACGCAAACGGCAAAAGAAAGGACUCGAUGGGUAUUAUCGCCUUUGCACGCUGUCUUCAGGAAUGGUUUCCAAAAUUCUCUCAGCCAUACGGGGAAUACAUGAAUGCCCACACUGGAUUUACGAAAGUGCUAAACUCGUUUUUGCAUGACCAGAAUUCAUCCUUUUCUAAGAGAGUGUAUGACUCAGGGGAGCAACGGAUGCGCUCAUUGCUCAUGGAACCCGUUCAGCGUUUGCCACGAUACAGUCUUCUCAUUGAUGCGAUGACAAGCGCACUCCCAGUUGUACAUCCUGCUGUAAAGCCACUGUUGAAUGCACGGGAUAUCAUAACAAAUAUUUGUUCUUUAGAGUCAUCCGGUGAAAGUGGACAAAGCUUAAAACGGCUGCAAAAUCUGGUGGUAGAAUGGCCGGCCACAGUUUCGCCGUCAGGAAGGCUGAUUACUGCCGCCGACUUCUACACUCUCCUGCCCCCUUAUCGCGCUGGGUUUCAAGGUACCCGAGGUGAAGCCGGUAUUAUGCUUGUUUACACCGACUACCUCAUCCUUGUAUCGAAAACUCCGGAGAGUAAAUUGACUGCCCGUGGGCUAUAUGCAGAGCUGGAUAAACCACAGUCGGGGUUUGGAUCAAAUGCAGCAUCUUCGGUUCCGGAAUUAAAAUUCAUGCAAGCAAACCGUGCGGUUGAUGUUCGCUGCACUCAAUCCAAGUGUGCUAGCGUCAUGUUCCUUAUCCCGGCUGAAAAUUUCUUGCGAAACGAGCGUUCUCGGGCGGAGUUAGUGCUACAAGCGCUUGAAUUGACGUCAAGCUAUGAGGGAAAGGCGUACAAGUUAAUCGAAGAGAUCACUAAAGGAAGGAUUGAAGGCAGAUUCCCAGAGAAAUAUCGCGAACGCGGAAAAUGGUCUCUUCAUCAUCCUGAUGGGGCACAAGGAAAUCUAGGGAUUCUGAUAUCUGUUUUCGAGAAGGGCCCGGAUGAAGCUCUUCCGUCAACAUCGUCAUCGACAGUAAAGUUGUCUUUUGAUCCUCCGAGCCCUGGUCUCUCGAAAUUUGCAGGAAAUUCUGUUAACGAAGUGAACAUUUCGAUGGCGGUUGCUGGUAAUGGCAAAUACAAAAUGGAGCUAAGUUCUGUUGUGGGAGUUUCGUUCAUGGACCUGUUCGCACCGCAAGACUUUGUUUCGGUCCUCUCAAAGCGAUUUCAUACCCUUCUUCGACCGUUAACCCAGCCUGAGAACCCUUUCCUCACGGACACAAUUCUCAAUGCAAAUUUCAACAUCCUUCGUAUCAUUGCUGAACAGAUUCUAGCCUCCGCCAAAGUGUCUAAAUCUCUCCGGCCAAGGUCACCAUCAAAGCUUCUAUCGAGUUUCUGGGGAAAUGGCCAAACAAAGGAAUUGCAGCUACCUUUAAGAGGCUUGCUUCCGCCGGCCCAGAUAAACCCAACACCCCCUUCCUUUGCUCUUACAGAACCAGAUAGUCCGCAAAAGGCAUUGGUUCCAACUCCUUCGCCGUUGAAGCAGCCAAAGGUUGUUAACGGCGGAAUCAAUAUCGCCGAUGAAACGGCCGGCCAAUUGGAGCAGUUGGAAAAAACCUUUUCUGCAUAUACCAUUGCCAUACGCUCAAGAAGUGGCAAUAUUGUAGGUCGCGUCUUAAGGGCAAGAGACCGUGCCGAUCAAGCAGCUGUCAAUGAACUUUACAACGUUCUUCGAGAGGAUGCCGGGAAACUUCAAGCAGCUGCAGAAGCCCCAGUAGACGUGCUUAUGGUGGCAUUUGAAACCUUCAUGGCUAACGCUUGGAAGGAAAAGAUUGGCCCCAUUAUUCCAGCCCAGUCUCUUAAACUCAUUCAAACCAAAUUCGACGCUAUGUUUCCGGGAGAUUUUGAAGAUUUUUUCCGGAGAUUCUUGGCCGAAAUGAGUCCUCAGACACGACGGGCUCUCACUGGGCUUGUCAAAUUAUUAGCCGAGCUGCUUGAUGCUUCGGGAAACGACGGCGAUAGGGGUGCGCUGACUGAAGUGUUCUCAGAAAUCUUAACUGAAGAAGGAGACCCGAGGGAGUAUAUCUCUCUUUUAGACCGUCUUGUUGAAGACUUCGAGAGGUUAUUUGAUGAGAAUGCACCUUGCACAAUUCCGAUGGAAGGUACUUUAAUUAAUGACCCAGCGAACCGACGAGAUCGAUCUCAGUCAGUCAACCAUGGGUCCAUCAACUCGAAUAAUUCCUCGUUCCGUAAGAGGUUCGGGUUUGGGCUGCACCGCGAGCGCAGUAAAACGGAAAGCGAAAGCAAGGUUAGCUCGAUCAUUCGUACUCUUAGCAAGUCAAAGGGUGGAUCUGGGCCUGCUACCGACACCGAAUCGCCUGCUUCGACAUUAACCAAAGGCAAUCUCAUGCGAGCUAAAUCAACAGAUAUGGAUACUAGAUUACACAGUCUUCUGCGUCCGGGUUCACGAGAUCGUCCGUUCAUGCCAACUUUCUUCUCCAGUGAUCAUGAUUUAUAUCGUCCUGGGAGUGCUCAUAGCAAUGCUCCAACACUUAGUUCGAUUGGCGAAGACCGUGUCGAAAAGCCCGUUUCUCCUAGAAAGAAACGUAGAAGUUCACUCUCGGAUUUGAGACCGGUAUCUGCAGGAGAGCUGACGCCCAUAUUUCAUUCACCUAAGGAGACAAAGAGAGCCGCCUCCCCUGUGACUCCAACUAGUUAUCACACAGAAUCCGAAUCCCUAGCUACCCCGUCAGCAUCAUCCAGCCAAAGAAACCGCACAAGACUUAGGUCACCUAUUCGGUUACAUUCCCCUCCGCGUACUACGUCUCCAGUGCGACACGCUCCGGUGAACAAAAAAGAAAAUACUCCUCCAUCCCCUAGGACUGCGCUUGGUGACAAGCCUGUUAAUAGGAAGACCAAUGUAUCGACGAGUCCUAAAAAACGAAGUGAAAUCCGGCCACUUAGCUAUCGCCCGAAUACCGGCCACAAAGAACGGGCAUUACCACCAAAUGGGUCUGAAGCGUCACGAAUACCAUUGUCGAACGCGCCUGCCCCCAAAGUUCAGAAAUUGAAAAUGCAAAAUCCCCAAAAGAUCCGUACACUCGCCGACAUCAAGCCCGUCAACAGCACUUAUUGCUCGAGUUCGGGGUCUGUCAGACAAGGUGGCCAUGGUGACGUCAGAUCUCAAUUCAAGGACCGCAUUACUAGAAAAAGAUAUCGAAAAUUCUCUUGUUGUCAGCGAGAGACGCGCUAA